CUGAUACCCUCUGUGGCACCGGGAUAAAUCCCCGUGCAGGGCGCGCGCUGCACAAUGUGUGAGUGUGACGCUUCCUCUCCUGCGCUCGUGCAUCCUUCAGCACACACACCCGCUGUUCGUGCCUACAAUUGUGCAGAUGUGAGAGCAUCAUGGCAGCUUUUAAAGGCAUUUGGACGAAAGCAUUCUGGCGUGCGGUCUCUGGUGAAUUCUUAGCCACGUUAAUCUUUGUACUUAUUAGUCUCGGCUCAACCAUCAACUGGGCACCGGACAAGGAGAAUCCGCCACCUGCUGACCUGGUGCUCAUCUCGCUCUGUUUUGGGUUGAGCAUCGCUACCAUGGUGCAGUGUUUUGCUCAUAUCAGUGGAGGCCACAUAAACCCGGCGGUCACUGCUGCCAUGCUAGUCACGAGAAAGCUCAGUCUCGCCAAGGCCUUGUUUUACAUACUUGCACAGUGUUUGGGCGCCAUCACCGGGGCAGGGAUUCUCUUCCUGGUUACACCAAGUGCUGUUCAAGGCAGUUUAGGAGUUACAACAGUGAAAUCAAGUAUCUCAGUGGGUCACGCCCUGGUUGUGGAGCUGCUGAUCACGUUUGAACUUGUCUUCACCGUGUUCGCCACCUGCGACAACAAACGAAAUGACCUCAAAGGUUCAGCCAGCCUCGCCAUCGGUAUUGCCGUAGUCAUCGGCCAUCUUUUUGCGAUCCCUUACACCGGAGCCAGCAUGAACCCUGCUCGCUCUUUUGGACCUGCAGUCAUCACGUUAAGCUGGGAAAGCCACUGGGUGUAUUGGGUCGGGCCCAUUCUAGGUGGCAUUCUGGCAGCUGCAAUGUACGAGUACCUGUACUGUCCAGACACUGAACUGAAGAAAUGCUGCAAAGAGAUGUUCAUCAAAGAUUCAUCCGGAAAAUACAAAGAGGUGGAGUGUUCCAACAGCCAGCAUGCUGGAGAGCCAGAUGAUAUUACGAUCAGCCCCGUUUCUUCUUCAGAUAUGGAGAAAGGGGAGAAAAAGGAGGCUUUACUGGAUGUCCCGGGUGACGGGUUGUCCUCUGUAUGACUAGCAGUCAUGCUGGUGAAGGAGACCAAUGUGUAACAUGUCUCCAUCAUCAGUAUGCCAAGGGAUUCUGAACUUUAUCCAAUGCUAAUGUGGCUAACAAUGAAUGAAAUCAUGCUGGUUGAUGAUCACUAAAAGCAUGCUGGAACCACUUUACCUAAAUAUAUUGUAUAUACUAAAUUUAUCUUCAUUAUUAACACAGCAUUUUUGGCUUUUGGCUUGUCCCCAGGAGAACCCGUCCUUCCAGCACAUCCAGCAAAGUGUAUUUGAGCUGACAUGUGUCCUACUUGUGUUCAGUUCAACACAAGAACUCUGCAAGUUUCUUCUAGGGGCGUAACACAAUGCCAACCCAAAGUGGGCGUUGCCUAAAUAGGACAGUUUUUUAUUUAUUUAUUAUUAUUUUUUUUAUUAUUGAACCCUACCAAUCUGCUCCUCAAAGCCCUCAAUAAAACUUAAAAAUGCCAGGACUGUCAGCAUGUCCUGUGAAUUCUAACAGUUCCUCACCCUCAGCUACAUCACUCAUGACUGGUCUCAUCUCAAGACCUUUUUUUUAAAAAAAAAAAAAAUCCCUCUCACACAGUUAUUAUUUUUAUUUAUCUGCCUGCAAUAUAUUCUAACAAAUUUGAUUCAUUCUGUUUCCCAAAAUAAAAACAAACUAGCAGCCUAAUUUAAACCACCUCAAUCCUGACCAGGCAGUCAGGGUUGAACGAAUGAACGCUGUAUGUCCGUGUUAAUGAACGUUAUGCUUUCUUGUCCACCAUCACAGCCAUGUCUGACUGAUAAUAUUCCCCACACUCUUCAUCCAAUCAUCUUCAUACUAUAAAAAUCCCACUAAUCCAGCUCUCACCCCGACCUAACUGGAUUAAAUUCACAACGUGUAUAGAAAGCUGAUUCUGUGCUUAUUAAGAAAAUUACAGCACACUGCAUUAACUGAAAUAAUAAUAAUGAUAAUGUAUGGAGUCAGGGACUACGGCAGCUCAGUAGGAUCAUCAUGUUGAAAAGCCUCAGUUUAUUGCUGUUAGCAUCGAAUUUUAGAUCUAGACUGUAUUUUGCCAAGCAAUCACCUCAAAAUAUAUAUUUUUUCUUUUUUUGUUUUUGCUUCUCAAACAACCGGUUGCAAAAAUCUAUAUAGUCAAUGUACCACGCCCCACUUUCACUGACCCAAGCUCUCAACACUUAACAAUCAGUGGAAGCUAGCUGGAAUUGUUGGCUAAAAUGAUGAAUGCUAACCUCCAUAAUCUGUCAUAAAUAACUGAUAGAAUGCGCAAUAUGGGAACUCGCAAGAUUGACUGAUUUCUAAUAAGUAUUGAAUGAAUUAUUAGCACUGAAUGACUUGGCAGCUAAUACUGUAUGUUGAUUCUUUUAUCACUCUGGAUUUGUCUCACGUUGCCCUGGAGCAGCAUUAGCUUUCAAUUUUGUUCUAAAUGUAAUAUUAACUUAAAUUUAAACAACAAAUUAUGUGAUUAUUUGAAAGUUGUGUAUAGAUUAGAAUAUAUUUCAGAUACAGUGCCCUCUACUAAUAUUGGCACCGUUGGUAAAUAGGAGCAAAGAUGGCUGUGAAAAAUUGUCUUUAUUGUUUAACUUUUUGAUCUUUUUUUUUAACAAAUUCACAAAAAUACUCUGCUCUGUUGAAUAUCAAACAAUUGCAAGCAAAACACAGGUUUAUCAAAAAAUAUCUUUGUUGAAUAUAUGUUGAAUAUAGGUGAAUAUAGGUGUGCAACAAUUAUUUGCACCCCUACUAAUUCAUAUGAAAAAAAAAUAUAUUUGGAGUAUAUUGAUAUUGAUAUUUUAUAUUUUUUUAGUACAGCUGGGUGACUAGGAACAGGAAAUGUUCAACCAUGACUUCCGGUUUCACAGGGGUAUAAACAUGAGGUAACACACAGGCCAAAUUCCCUUAGUCAUUCAUAACAAUGGGUAAGACCGAGGAAUAUAGCUGUGAUGUGCAGCAAAAGGUUGUUGAGCUUCACAAAAUGGGGCGUGGCUAUAAGAAAAUAGCUCAAGCAUUGAAAACGCCCAUUAACACCAUCAGGGCAAUAAUUAAGAAGUUCCAGUCAACUGUAAAUGUUAUGAAUCGACCUGGAAUUGGACGUGUGUCUAUAUCGUCUCGACGCACUGUGAAGAGGACGGUUCGAGUGGAUAAAAAAUCUCCAAGGAUCACAGCUGGAGAAUUGCAGAAGUUAGUUGUGUCUUGGGGUCAGAAAGUCUCUAAAACUACAAUCUGAAGUCACCUCCAUCACCACAAGUUGUUGGGAAGGGUUUCAAGAAAAUAGCCUGUACUCUCAUCCAAAAACAAACUUGAGCGUCUUCAGUUUGCCAGACAUGACUGGAACUUCAGACCCCUUGCCAUGUAUUCUCCAAACUCAUCAGGCAUUAUAGAAGAAGACUCAGAGCUGUUAUCUUGGCAAGGGGACGUAGCACAAAGUAUUGACUAAAAGGGUGCCAAUAAUUGUUGCACAUCUAUUUUUAAAAAAAUAUAUUUUGUGAUAAACCUGUGUUGUGUUUGCAAUUGUUUGAUAUCCAUGAGAGCAGAGUAUUUUUGUGAUUUUUUUUUUAAACAAAAGAUCGAAAGGUUAAACAAUAAAGACAAAUUCUCACAGCCUUCUUUGCUCAUAUUUACCAAGGGUGCCAAUAUUAGUGGAGGGCACUGUACAUAAAAACACCUUCAAUACAGGAAAUGUAGACAAAGUGGAUGAACAAAAUGGGACAAUAUAUAAUUUCUCUUUUGUCAUAAUUCAUAGACACAUUUAUUCAUGUAUUAAUUCCGUAAUUUCUUUGUCGUAUGACUGCAGUAUGAAUGUUACGAGUACCAAAGUCCCCUGGAAAUGUUUUUCUUUCUUUCUUUUUUUUUUUUUUGCAUCUACAUUACUCCUUUAAAUGCUUUGUUGUAGAGAAAUGAUUUAAGAUCAGCCAUCAUAGCCAUGGUAGAUUUCAUUAUGUUUAAGGUUUAUGGACUGCAGGACCAAAUACAGAUAAGCGGUUAGUAUACAGUGUUAAAACCUGCUUCUGUGGAAUAUAAUGUUGCACAGACUAUCACACACUUCCGUCUCACAGCUCCAUAAGCUAUUGAACUGCAUUUCUAUGAUAAUCAGAGGUGUAUUAUCAUCAUCAUUGUAUAAUUUUGGCUUAAAUUUGUCUCAAACUGAAUUAAAAUUGUCUUAUGAUUAUA